GUGGAAUUCCUGACGGAAAUGUGUAGAUUUAGUAUGAUUGAUUAUCGUUUGGUGGAGGUUACCUAAGAGUUCCUGACCUUGGUGAACCUUGACAUAGGCAGACAAACCAAGCGCUUUGACAGGUCCAUCUCGUUCGUUGGUGGAGGCGGCGGCGCCGUCGUCGACUGUUUUAGCCGCCGCCGCCACGCUCGAAAUAUGUAAUACAUGUUUCAGUCUUUAUCAGGCGACUCCCGAAGUUCGCUGCUCGUCGGUUCGGGUCCAUCGGGCGAAACAAACUUACGAGAUCUCUUCGCACGCGCUCUUACAGAAAAAAUAAAAUCAACAAUCCAAUCCGAAAGUUUAAAGUUGCUGAAAGCAGUUGCCGAAAGUUGAAGACGUGAUUUUCUUCUUUGGAAGACGAGGAAGCAGUUGGAGGGUACAGAGCAGGAUUAGUUGGCCAUGUCCGAGGACAGAUUAAGGGAAGUUAACGAGCAGAUUCGGCAACAGUGUUUGAAGUUACUUAAGAGGGAUGGUUUCUGUCCGCCAAUAGCAACGGAGAGGAACGGUCACGUGCUUUGCUGGCCGGCCACGCCCCCGGGAAGUGUUGCCAACACAUCAUGUCCUCCGGACGCUUCUUACGAUCCUAAUCAAUUUGUUUAUAAGGAAUGCUGGCCGAAUGGGACUUGGUUUGUCCAUCCGGAGUCCACCAACGGAAAGGAUUGGACUAACUACACAAACUGCAUAAAUAACGAAGUGCUGGAGUUCAACACGUACAUCAAUGAUCUCUUCGUCAUAGGCUACUUGGUGUCUCUGGUGGCCCUUAUCAUUUCUCUCACGAUUUUUCUGCUGUGUAGAUCCUUAAAGUGCACUAGGAUUCGCAUACACAUACAACUUUUUCUCUCUUUCAUAAUGAAUAACGUGAUGUGGAUCAUCUGGUAUUGCGAGGUCAUUCCGCGAUCGGAUCUCUUCAACAGCGAAAACCCGUUUUGGUGUUCGAUACUGGAAUUCCUGCUGCGUUAUUUCUUGGUGGCCAAUUACAUGUGGAUGUUCUGUGAGGGUCUGUACCUUCACAUAUCCCUGGUGGUCGUCUUCGUGAAGGACGAAGUAGCUUGGAAGUGGUUCUUGCUGAUCGGUUGGGGAGUCCCUCUUUUGAUCAUAUCACUUUACGUCACCAUUAGGAUCCACGUGCUCGAUGACACACAGGGAUGCUGGAUGGAUCAAAGCCAAGCCGAGUACAUUUAUUCGGUUCCGGUCUGCAUCACUCUCGUAGCCUCAUUAGUGUUUCUGAUCAACGUGCUUCGGGUGAUCCUCACCAUAAUGCAUCCCAAUUCCGAUAAUCCGGCUCCUGUGAGGGUGAAGAAAGCUGCGAGGGCCGCUUUGAUUCUCAUACCGCUGUUCGGAUUGCAGUACGUCCUCAUUCCUUUUAGGCCGGAUCAAGGCCACCCGUACGCACAACUCUACGAAUACGUUACUGUCGUUGUAACAUCCUUACAAGGUUUAUGCGUGUCGUGCCUGUUCUGCUUCGCAAAUCAGGACGUCCAUCAUGCGAUCAGGGGCUUCAUCAACAAGAGAUUGUACUCCUCUGGAUGGAGCAAUUACCAAUAUACCGGAGGUAUGGAUAGCGCCGGAGUCUACGUGAUCAACGGAAACAACACGAACAGCGUGCGGAUGCUUUGACUAAACCGGAAGUCCCGAAAUUCCGAUGACGAGGGACGCGUUCUCGCAACGGACAAGAGGGAGGACGAAACCAUUGUGCAGUUGGAGCAGAUCGACGCCGUCGAAGAGAACGAGCUUUGAGCGACGCGACGCCGGAAGGAUUCAAUUUUCCGAUCAUCGAUCCGUAAAUUCAAAUCCUAAUGACAUUCAUUAAUUAAAACUCUAUUCAUCCUCAACAGCCAAAUUUCCUUUCAUCCUUCAUUUCAGACUGCAAAUCAGUUUACAGCAAAAAUAAAUCGAGAUAAUAUUGCAUAUUCAAUAUAAGUAUAAAUCAACAUCAGUAAAAAAAAUCGCCAUAUGUUGCUAAUUUAAUGCAACCAUUUUUAUUUAUUUUCAGAACGUUUUCAUUUGA